AGGAAGGAAUACUCUCUAUCAAGGAAAGGAAUCAUGAAGACUCUACUCUCACUCUUCUGUCUGGUUACUUACCUCACCUGUGCUCUCAGUGCUAAUGGCUGGCCAGUCUCUCUUGACAUGGCUUGUAAUAAAGCUCUUUCUGCAGUUGCUUGCUCUUUUGAGUUUACCAACAAUGCAAAUGAGGAUCUUUAUCUACUCAAACGUAACACUCCUCUUGAAGGACUCAGAUCUCAAUUUGUCUCUGUCUCUCUUGAUGGUCAUCCAUUACAAUAUGAAGGAAUCAUCAUGUAUAGUCUCCCUCCUACAAAGGAUGAGUUUGUUCUCUUGAAGGCAGGUGAGAGUAUUUCUGCCUCAGUCCAAAUCACUGAUGCCUUUAGCAUUGAUACUGAUGGUCUCUACACUGUACAAUACAGUAGACCUUUACAGUAUCUGUCAGUGAAUGAGAUGAGUGCAAUGUCUCUUGAUCAGCUCAGGGAAUCGGUUGUACGUAAAUCUGUUCACAUUCAUUUGGAAGACACUUCUCUUCUCUUGAAACCAAAGGAGGAAGGUGAUGCAGAAAUUGAAUACACUGUCCACCUUGAAGCCUGCGGCAGUGCUACUUUUAAAAAUGGUGAUGUUAACAACAGUCAAACACUAGAUGCUCAUAAGAGGCUCUGCUCUGGAUGUGGUAAAGCUAAAGAUGGAGUUGGUAACAAUAAUGUAUAUCGUACAUGGUUUGGUGCAUACACAUCUAGCAGGGCUAACACAGUUAAAGGUGUGUACCAGGAUAUAAGAGAUGAUAUAACAAGCAAAAAUUGCAUUUACUACAAUAAUGGUCCACUUUGCCGCUCCAAUUCUUAUGCCUACACAUACAUGACUGGUACUACUGUGUACCUCUGUACCAUAUAUUACAGGGAUCCAACAUAUUGCAGUAAGACUGGUGAGAGCAAGGAAGGUACACUGCUUCACGAAUGGUCUCAUCCUUAUGGCCAACGUGAUGAUGUUGUUUACGGUCGGUCCAAUUGCAAGAAUUUAGCCAAGAGUAAGCCAGAUGAUGCUGUCAGGAAUGCUGAUACUUACCUGUAUUACUAUUGUGAUCUGCAGUAAGGAGCUCAUCAGCUAAAAGCCAAGAACUUUAGGACUCAUGCAACACUAUAGGACAUGCACAGUUUAUUUUUGC